AUAUCUUGAAGCAAACGCUUACAUCUAUUCAGCAGGCUGCAACGAAUCCAACAAUCCCGAGUGUCUCGAGAAACCAUUCCCUGCUCACCGCGCCUCAAACAACUAUUGUAGGCACCAGCCAAUCCCGCCCUUGCACCGCCAUCGCCGAUCUACGGCACAGCCCUGCGGACACAAAAGACCCAAACCCACCGCAUUCCCUUCCUUUCUUUCUUUCUUUCUCAACUCUCAGCAUUCAUGAAAACCCUCCUCUACUUCCAACUCUUCCUCGCAUCCCUAACCCUCAGCGCCAUAGCCUCCAAACCCCAAAACCCCCAACUCCCCCUCUCCGCCCCCGACGAUCCCGACCACGACCCCAACCCGGACCCCACAGACCCCUACGCCGGCCUGCCCCCGCUCCCGGCCAACAUGGUCUGGAACAGCUUCCCCCUCAACCCCCUCUACCUCUCCGACUCAGCCUGGUACGACACGCUCGGCAACUCCCAAAUCGCGAUCCGCCGCCUCUUCGCCUCCCCCUCCAAAUCCACCCAAAUCGCCUCUUCCCUCGCCCUCCUCGACGAGUUCCCAGCGCGCGGGCCCGACAUCCUCUUCGCCGCUGCCGUCAAAGGCAAAGCCCACGUGAUCUCUGCGCUGCUGCAGGCGGGCGUGGCGCCGCAACCCACGCCGGGCUCGGCGGACGACAUGGCGCAGGUGCCGCUGCAGGCGGCGGCGUUUAAUGGGCAGCUGGCGGCGGUAAGAGUGUUGGUGGAGGAGGGGGGGGUCGGGGUGGACGCGGAGGAUGACGUGGGGAGCACGGCGCUGAUGCAGGCGUGUGGUGGGGCGCAUCCGGACAUUGUGGCGUGGUUGCUUGAGCGGGGGGCGGAUCCAAGGAGGAGGCAGGAGGGGGGGACGGGGACGGGGGCAGCGGAGUUUACGGCGGGGGGGGGGUGUGUGGAGUGUGUUAGGCUGCUGUUGGAGCGGGUAGCGAAGGAGGGAGAGGCGGGGGACGGAGGGGUUGAGAUUACGCCGCUUGCGUUGCAGGCGGGGGCGCAUUCGAGGAGUAUUGAGAUGGUGAGGUUUUUGUUGGAGAAGGGGGGGUAUCCUGUGGAUGAUGUUGAUGAAGAGGGAAUUUGGAAAGGCGAGAGGUUGAGCGCGGAGCAGCGAUACAACAUUUAGCAGAUGCUGCCACGGGUGACAACGGACGUUCAUAUUCUCAAAUUGCUCUCGAGCUACCUGGCCCAACCGGAUGCAAACGGAGACUAUGGAUACCUCGACUUGCCACAGGACAUCAAAGAGAAGAUCAUAGA